AUGCAAAACGACGGCAAAAAGGAACGAAAAAUGAUUUCCCGUGAUUACUUAAAUAAUUUGAACCCCUACGCGUUCUUAAACCAUUACGAUCCAGAAAAAACGUUGGAUGCGGGUAAAUUAGCACAUUUGGAGGCUACACGCAGAAUACAACCGGAAAUGACACCUCUUGCCGAUAUUGAUUGUCUGGGUAGAGAAAGCGAAGUGCUGACCGACAAAAUGAUUAACAUGAUAAAAAAUGAAAUUAUUGAGGAAAUGAAAUGCUUACUGACUGAAAACGGCCUGAACUUUGAUGAAAUUUAUCAGGAGAAAACAGGUAUAAACGAAGAAGUGCGGGUUGAUGGAAAAAGCGUGUAUGUGCACUGUUAUGACAGUAAUGCGAUAUUUAAUAUCAUGGAGGAUUACCUGCAUCUCACUGGUAUGAGCAGCCUUUGUCGUAAAUAUCACUGUGCCUUCCUUUACAAGAAACAGAGAAGACUGCAUGAGAAGGUAUUUAGGGGUUUCAACGAUGUUCUUACCUCAAAGCGUUACGUGCCGAAGGAGAUACACCUGCCCAUUCCAAAAGAAAUAUCGAAUCUGUCAGAGGCUCUCAUUUUUAAAACGAUUGUUGACAGGUACAAGGAAGAGCUGCAGCAGACACAGCGUGAGAGAAGAACUUUUAUAAAUAGCCAUAUCCUGGAGUGUUACUUGUCGUUUGUAGAUCAUAAAAAGAAAAGAAAAGAUGAGCGCGAUUUGCACUACGAAUCUGUGAAGAAGCUGAAGGAUGCCUUGCUCAAGGAAGAUUAA